CGGUGUGCCGGGGGUGGGGGAGGGGUGUAGAGACUCAGGAGCUGUGAGUAACAGAAGCCUAGUUUUCUGUGGCUUCUUUCUGCAAUCGUUUUACUCACAGGAGAAUGAGAGUGUGGAAUCGUUUAAAAUAUGCAUGGCGGGCUACUGGGAUAGAAUCUUCUUGCUGGCAUUUGUAAUCCAUCCUAUGUCUGGCUUUGAAAUUUAUGCAAAAUCAGAAAUGAUCGUGGAAAAUGGGACAGAUGUCAGAUUGUCAUGUACAUUUAAAUCAAACCAGGUUGACCAAAGGACUUUGUCGGUUUAUUGGAGUUUCAAACCAGGAACUGGUGGGAAAGAUCAGCUUAUAUUAUAUUAUUUAGCAGGACAAUCCAAGUCUCAAUUUCCUGACCGCAUUGCUUGGGACGGUAACAUCAACAAGAGCGAUGUUUCCAUUAUUAUAAAGAAUAUUGAUUUUAAAGAUAAUGGAACUUAUACCUGUCAAGUGAUUAAUCCAUUUGACUACAGUAAGACUGCUGCAGAAAUUCUCUUGAGUGUUGUUGAACAAGGUUCUUUACCCAAACAUUCCAUCAUUACAGGUGCAGUCAUCGGAGCAGUUGUAGGAUUACUGCUAAUUAUUGGCGUUGUGUACUUUAUCAAGAGAAAGAAAGAUGGUCAACGGAAUGCUUAUAUUAGUUCUGUAGAAAAUGUCUUCCCAACUGAACAACCCCUGAGGAAUUCAGCAGUAUCAGGUGUGAAGGACUCAAUGAAUCAUAGGUCUGUUGGCCCAUUCCAGGGGCCUGUAAUUUAUGCGCAACUGGAUCAUUCUGGACAAAGACAUUCCAACAAGAUCUACAAAUCUGAUUCAGUAGUUUAUUCUGAUAUCCAGAGAUGUUGAUCUAUACAGUCACAAUGUAUUUAACUAAAUAAUCUGAACAGAGGAAUAGGUAUGAGUAGCUAAAGUGCCAGCUACUGUUUGUUGUUUUUUUCUGUAACAUCUAGUAGUUGAUCUUCUGGACAUAGUAAAAUAAUAUUUUAAGUUUUAAAAAUGUGAUAAUAAGGGACCAUGGUUAGGAUGGUAAUCAUCCAUUUGUGAAAAUAUUUCAGGCUUAAUUUGGAAAGCUAUAGUGAAUUGGGAAUGUAUCUGCUCUUAAUAGCUUUAAAUCUGGGGAUUUGCACAUCCAAGCGCUUUAAUAACUAAUGCAUUGUGUUAUGAACAGGUAAGGAAAGUCACAACUCUUCUCUUUUUAACCAACAUUUUUAGUAAAAUAUUAUUCUUUGUCACAUAGCUAUUGCACUUUAAAUUUAAUUAGUCAGUUCAAAAAAUGAAGGAAAGGAAAAUCCAAAGUUUUCUCAGGUGAAAGAGGAUGGAGUAUUAAUGCCUAUUACCCCAAAACAAUAAAUAAUACAACUCAACAACAAACAUAAAUACAACUGCUGAGCAUCAAAGUGGGCUGUGUACUAAAGACAGGAAAGACAUGAUCUUAAGAGUCCUUUUGGGUUGGAAAAAAAAAUGAAAAGACCUGAGUUCAACUAUUUGGCUGCUUUUUGUCUUGUUUCCUUUGCAGUGGUGAAGCUCUAGAUAUCCUAGAAUUCUCAGGAAAUCAUUGUUAUUCCAAGUUGCUUUUCAUUGGCUAGUUUCUCAGCUUGAUGGAGAUUGUGAGAGGCAGGCAGUGGGAAUAGUUCCCAGUAUUUGUGCUGUUCUCCGUCCAUGUUGUUUUCUCUCGUUUGUUUUUUGCUCAAAAGCUUACUGUUCUAACGCUGUCCCUUUGCUUAUUCUGGCGUCUGUUUAAUUGUCUCAUUUCAAGUUUGCUAGUUAUAAGCAACUUUUAGUGGGAAAAAAAGAUAUGUCACACCUCACUAAAUUUCACUGUCUCUUGAUUAAAAUGGUGAUCCAAAGUAGCUGGUUGUGUAUAUUUUAUGUGGGAUUCCUGUGCUUGGAUGAUGGUCACAGCAGUCAUUUUAGGUCAAUAAUAUUCUUUUAGUCCUUGAAUUAAUGUCAAAUGAUGAAAGUUGAAUAUUGGCAGCCUAUUUUCACUACUAUCGUAACAGUUGUAAAAUAUUUCUAAUAUGUGGGCUUCAGCAAACCUGUAUUUCCUUUUAAUUCGUGACUGCAACUUUACUCAUGUCAUUUCUGGCUGUGAUAACGUUCUAUUCCAGCAAAGAUUUCAGCGGUUUACACUUUGAAAAACAAAAACAAAUUGGUAAUGCAGUCUUGGUGUUCUAAAUACAAUGUGUAUUUUGAGGAACAAAAUAUGCCUACUCCAGAAAUUUUCAGUAUCUUCCACUCCAGAUCACUAGCGCAAUUAUCUGGACUACUGUCUAGACUGGAACAGUGUGAAGAAUAACAUCGUAGUCUACAUAUUUGAGUUAUAAUUCAAAAUAUACGCUACCACUGACAUGCAAAACUAUUGCCAACUGUGAGAUUAGUUAAAUUAGUAUUUUUGUUUACGUAGGUGUCAUCAUUGUGGAGUUUGUAAUAGCAAGGAUGAGGCUACAGUGAGAGACAUUUUCUAUAACAGCAUAAAACCGGUUUCAGAAAGCUUUGGAGCUCCAUGGUGACAAUGUAGGCAAGGUCUUAUAUUGAGGCUAAGCUGUAAUUUAAAACUAUGCCAUUUGAUAAAUGGAAUUCACUGGC